ACGAGAUUGAAAAACGAUUAAGCUUUAAAUUAAUUUAGUAAUUUCCAAUCCAUGAAUGUGAUCAGAUAGAAAAUAGUACAAAUUUCAGGAUGAAAACUUUCGUCGCAGUUUUGGGAAUCUGCAUAGUGGGAAUUCUGGCUGAGACCACAGAUGAAGAAAAUACAAGCUUUGGGGCUGUCAAAAACACUUGCAUAAAGGAAGUUGGUUUUGAUUCAGAUACGCUUGAGAAGACUAUGAAAGAAAAAUUGGAAAAGAAUGAUGAGAAGCUGGGUUGUUUAUUUGCUUGCAUAUCGAAAAAACUUGGAUUGAUGAAUUCUGACGGUUUCAUCGAUGAAAGUAAACUUCCUAGAGUUCGAGGCGUUUCUGAUAAGGAGAAAGCUGAUAUGAUUAGGAAUAAAUGUAAAGUUAUGAAGGGAGAUAACGAUUGCGAGACCGCACUGAAAGUAGUAAGGUGCAUGCAAAUAAACAUUUAAGAACAAAAAUCCGAUUGCCACACAGUAAAGGGCAAAUUUCUAAUCUGCGUUCCGAUACAAAUUCUGCAAAUGCAUUUAAGCAUUGUUAAAGAGAUGUGAUGCAAAGUGCGGGUUCACUGGAUCUAAAUAAAAUUACUAUAUCAUCUGCAAAUUUGAAUGUGACAGCCCGCCGGCAAAAAUCGAUGGAGCUUGCCAUUGAUAUUAAAAUAAAUGUUCUUGCAUGAAAUAGAGUUGUAGAACAAUUUGCCUAUAUUUUUAGGAACACCUAAAUGUCUAAUGUCUAAAAUGUUUAAACACCGUCCAAAUUUCCGUGUAAAGUAAGGCCAGAUUACCCGCAAAUUAUUUACUUUUUUGGAAACCAUAUUGUGUAGGAAGAAAUAUAAGUUAUGCUCAAUAUACCAAUUGAGUCUAUUGUAAA